AUGGCUUCUACGACCACCAUAAACACCUGCAUGGAAGAGCUUUUGUUCUCCUUCCCUCUACCAUCCUCAACAAACGAUGUGCACAUAUACAAAGACAAUUUCAUCCGCACCAUCAAGCACCACAACUAUGGCCGGACGAAUCAAUUUGCAGUCGAUGAGAAGCUUACCGGAUUAGAAGAAAAGCUCCAAGUCUACAACCUCGAUGAUGUGGCUGCAGAGCUUUUCGCACGACGUGAGGAGCUGAAGAAAGACCACAAUGACAAAAAGUGGUUGCCCGAUGUUCUAGAUUUUCUGCUCCAUCUUUCUCACGACCCUGUCCACCAUAGUCGGGUCGACAACCUUGAGAAGUUGAGGUCUCGUUCAGAGAUCCCUCUCCCAUUGACGUGGGAGGAGAUUGACCCGGAAGAUCCGAUCGAUCGCCGGGAUGAGAUAUGGAGGGUCCCGAAGUAUUCUGAUUCCAGCUCUGAUGAGGAUGAAGCUCCCCUUCCGAGCUCACCAGCUUCAUCAGUCAAGUCCAAGCACGAGCCCACAGACUACAAGAUUGGCGAGAGAGUGUUGGAAACGUCUGUGGGUGAAGAGCCAGCGAAAUUAGAAGCUGCACAAUUUUGGCGCAGAUCUGGACCUGUUGUGACAGUGACAGAGACCCAAGCUGUGCGGGAAGUUCUUUUUAUGCUCACAGGAAUCCCGACCUCCAUUUUCACAAUUACCGAUCACGGUGUUCGGCCCAAUGCACGAUACUGUUUGGGUCAUCUGGGAAGGACAACUUCGAGGUCCUUGCUGGAGGAGGCAGCUCGGCUCGGCUCCAAGAUUGAUUUUGUUCGCCAAUGGCUGCGCAUACCGCAGGAUUCGGUCGUCAUGCAAUUUAUCCAGAGCGCAAUCAGCAGGAUCAUGACCACUUUCGAAUUUGCCAUAUCCAAGCAACAAGGUGCCAUCCUACACCAAUCUUCGCCAUCAGGUGUGAUCACCCUGCUUCAGACGUUACAGAAAGCCGAGGAGACAAGUCAACCGUUGAAGGCUGUGAGCACCAUCGUGCCUUAUUUCACUUCGAAUGACCAGAUAGCCGCGCUCAACACCAUCUAUAGUCAUUUGGACACAGCACACAGCUGCUCGAACGCUGUCGAAGUGGAGACCUACCUCCAUCUUUUCCUGUCUUCCCUCGCGCUCUACUCGAAACCUAUCGAUUUAUGGCUGCUCACCGGCAAGAUCGAGUCCACAGACCCAUUCUUUGUCUCCGAGAACAAGAGGAAACCGCGAAUGUCGAGCACCUUGUGGCACGAUUGGUUCACCCUGGCUGCUACGGAAGACCGGUUGAUCCCAAUAUUCCUGCAGAAGUUUGCUGAAAAGAUCUUCACAAUCGGCAAAACUGCUGCCUUCCUAGACCAUCUUGGACGAGCCGCCCCAAACAACGGCAACGGUCCUUUCGGAAUCGCGGCUGCGGCAAUGGAGACAGCACAUCUAGUAACAAGAUCACCAUUGCCCUUUUCGGCAACGUUCGAAAUGAUCCUCGGGCGUCAUCUCAGUGCCCUACUCGACACUUUCACAACCGCCCUCAGGAACAGCCUAGAGACCAGCUGUGGCCUAACCAGGUUUCUCGACGCACUUGACUGUCUCUAUCUUGCGAAAGACGGUGUCCUCCUUGAUAGCAUCGAAAGCAAGAUGUUCGACCAGAUAGAUCGUUGCUUAGAAAUGUGGAACGACCGCUUUCUUCUCUCAGAUCUCCUGGCGGAAGCAUUUCAGUCCUCUGAAUGUGUCGACGUCGAUGCAAUCACAAUCCAGGCUCAAUAUACCUCUUCUCGAAGCAUGGAAAAUCGACGCCGCUCUGUCAAGAUCCUAGCUGCUGUGUCCGUUUCAUAUCACGUCAGCUGGCCAAUUGCUAAUAUCAUCCCCCAGACUUCCACAGUCUCCUAUCAACGUGUGGCUCUGAUCUUGAAUCAAGUCCGACGCGCCAAAUCCUUGCUUGAGAGUCGAGCGUACUUUCACGUUCAACACAUGCCUUUACCCUUUGAGGACAUCAGCGAACACAGGCUUGCGCGACUGGUGUGCUGGCAACUGUCUCAUUUUACCACCACCCUCUAUAGCCAUCUUACAAGCUGCACAGUCCAGCCAUUUACCAUGACUAUGCGCCAACGCCUGUAUUGCUCUUCGACCAGGAGUCUUGACGAUAUGAUCGCGAUACAUGCCCACUAUAUCACCGCGUUGGAACAUGCAUGCUUGAGUAGCAAACGAAUCAAACCUCUACGUGACGCCCUUGUUAUAAUCCUCGACCUAUGCAUACGAUUCAUAGAUCUUGUGACCUCGCCGUUAACCAAUGCUGAGGUGCGACCGGCUUCCGGAGACGUGCAUGGGGAUUUUGAAGCGAGCAGCUUUAUCUCUGCACGCAGUCAGAGAAGACGUCGAGGAAAAAGACAUGACGAGGAGUAUUCCUCUUCAGAGGACGACGAUGCUAGCAUGGGAGAGGGUUACUCGACGUUCGUCCUUGAACAAGACACUUCUCUCAUCCAAGAGAUCAUCAAGGUGAGAGACACGUUCAAGAAACAAGCCAAGUUCUUGAUCGCGGGCUUGAGAGCUGUGGCUAGGAGUUCGACGUCGACUUCAGCGCAGGGACACAAAUACGAACACGUACAGCAGGGAUGGGAAGUGGGCGAGAAUUUUGAACUGUUGGCCGACUCGUUGGAAGGCGUCUUUCCUGUCAGCAGAAGUUUCGGCUUUUGA